UUUACAUCACGUGACUUAGCGCGCCGCAUAUCAAAAUGGAGGCUACCUUGCGAAGAACUGUCACAAAUUUUACAGACGUCCUUUUCCCGGUUUCUAAGAAUGCCCAGGAUCCGAAUCAACAUCAGAUACUCAAAACAGGGAAUGAAUAUGUGUCCAACCUUCCACUACAGAUGGCACUCUAUUUCAACAUGUUCUUCAUGCCGUUUUGGUUAACAUCAAUACUUGUGUGCUUUGAAAUUAAGUAUACCCGACUCUCCAUCUUGUAUGUGAUUGUGCUGAUUGCGAUCUACUUCGUGUAUACACUCAUAGAGAUAAUCCGCCUGUAUAUAGGUUACACUGGGAACCUAACAGAAAGGGUUCCUGAGUUGGCUGGUUCCUGGUUACUUACAUUACUGAUACAGUUUCCACUGAUCUUACUGUUGACAUUUAAUGACGAUGCUGUUCUGUUACCACUUGAGCGGGCAGUUCACAUCAUAGAGGCCCUGUUUGUUCUGUUUGAGGUAGUGUGUGGCUACUUUGCCAUCAGGACAAUGGUUAACUACCAAGUGACAAAGUUCCAUCUGCGACAGUUUACAGACCUGGAGCAGCUUCCAGGAGAGGAGGUUCACUGGCACGAUGGCUACGACUCCUACCAUCAGAACCUCCUCACAUAGUCACAGCUGUUAUAAUCAUGGUGUAUGAAUAUGAUUGAACAUAUCUUUGCCAUUAGUUACUUCAAAGUUUUUUAUGACAUAUGCAUUCCACUUUACAAAUGUAAAGUUUUGAACAUAAGUAAUUGGAGUAUGUAGAUCUAGCAUACCGUAUUCGAAGUGGAUGCAAACAUUCCAUUCAAAU